AUGGACAGCAGACCAAUUCAUUUUUUAAAUACUCGAUUUUCCAACAUUAUACAAUCUGUUGCCUCUCUACUAAUACACCAAAUACUUACAUUAAAAGAUGAUUAUAAACACAAUAAUAAUCCAUGUUUUGAUUGUGUGAACCCUUGUUCAACUCAUCUUUCAUAUCCUUCAUAUCUUAAAAUUGAUUAUGAUUCUUCAUUAGAAGGCACAGUAAAACCUUAUUUCAAACAUGUUUUAAUUUCAACAGGUAAAACCGACUGGAUAAUUAGAAUAGAAGAUGAUUCUGCAAGUUUAGCAAGUCAAUUACAUAAAAUUAUUAAAUCUGGUGGUGAUGGCAAAAAAUUGCUUCGUAUAGUUAUUACUAACUGUGAUCGAGUAAACACUGAUAAAGAUUUAAAAUUUUCAAAAGGGAAUGAUGUUCUUCUAUUCCCUGAUAAUAUUUUAAUUUAUAAUGUAAAUCCAAAAAAUGCUUUAGAAUUUUUUAAAAAAUUUUUAUUACCAUCACCAUCAUCAACGCCGCAGCCGCCGCCGUCAUUGUCAAAUCAAGAACAAAAUAUUUAUUCUUCAACUAAUUUUCAAGUAGAUCCGAUACCAUACAAAGCUGUCAUAGUAAUAUGUUCACAUAGACGUCGUGAUAAAAGAUGUGGCAUAACAGGCCCAAUAUUAAAAAAUGAAUUUGAUAGAAUUUUAAAAGAUAGAGGUUUGGAUGUAGAAAAUAAAAAAAAUGAAGGCGUGGCUGUGUUUUUAAGUAGUCAUAAAUAUGCCGGCAAUGUUAUAGUUUAUCGAGAUGGUCAAGGCAUAUGGUAUGGUCAUGUGAUUCCAUGUCAUGUUGAAAACAUAAUAGAAUCAACUGUUAUCGAAGGAAAGGAAAAGGCGGAAGGCUAG